CCAAACCCUAGCCUGACCUCCCCUUCCGGUGUCCUAUUACAUCUGCUCAUCUGAUAAAGUUCUUCUCUGUUCUAACAGCACUGGAACCCGGAUUUUGUACAUAUUUUUUCAUCCCUAUUUUCUGAAAAAUUGAAGAUUCUUUUUUCUGGAUGCUGAUCAGAGAUGCCGCCUAAGCAGCAAUCGAAAGCUGAUUUAGCAAAGAAGCAGAAGAUCGUAGAGGAUAAAACGUUUGGUCUAAAAAACAAGAACAAGAGCAAAAAUGUCCAGAAAUACGUUCAAAGCCUCAAGCAGUCCGUGCAGCCAAAGCCUGAUCCUUCCAAAACCGCUGCCAAGAAAAAGAAGGAGGAGGACAAGGCCAAGGAAAAGGAGCUAAAUGAGUUGUUCAAAAUGGCUAUUACCCAGCCUAAAGUGCCAGUUGGUGUUGAUCCCAAGUCCAUAGUAUGUGAGUUCUUUAAAGCAGGACAGUGUACCAAGGGCUUUAAAUGCAAGUUCUCACAUGAUUUGAAUGUCCAGAGGAAAGGGGAAAAGAUUGACAUUUACAGCGACAAGCGGGACCAGGAAACGAUGGAGGAUUGGGAUCAAGAGACUUUGGAGAAGGUGGUGGAGUCAAAGAAAACCGAGUAUCAACAGAAUAAACCAACUGACAUAGUCUGUAAGCAUUUUUUGGAGGCAGUGGAGAAGAAGCAGUAUGGUUGGUUUUGGGUCUGCCCAAAUGGUGGUAAGAAUUGCCACUAUAGACAUGCCCUCCCCCCUGGAUAUGUUCUAAAAUCUCAAAUGAAGGCCCUGUUGGAGGAAGAAGCCGAAAAGAUGCCAAUUGAGGAGGAGAUUGAAGAUCAGCGCUCCAAAUUGAAAACUACUACUCCUAUGACUCCUGAGCUAUUCGUGCAAUGGAAGAAGAAGAAGAUUGCAGAAAGAGAUGCCAGUUUGGCUGAACAACAGGCAGAGAGAGCUAAGAAUGAUCGCAUGAGUGGUCGCGAGCUAUUUUUGUCUAAUGCUAGCUUCUUUGUGGAUGAUAUUGACGCAUGUGACAAGUAUCAAAGAGAGUCAGAAUCUAACGAUAAUGAGCAGAAGCCACAGGCAAAUGGUGAUGCUGAUGGUGGUCCUAGCACCUCAACAGCAGCUGAUGCUGAUGCUAAAGGAGACACUAAUGUUGAAUCAAUUGAUGUAGACGAUGAUGAUGAGCUAGACAUGGAUGAAUUGAAUGAAUUGGAAGCAAGUUUAUCGAGGACAACGAUCCAAAUAAAGGAGCCGGGAGCUGAAGCUUAAUCCAAGAACCAGUCAAAUUCUGCAUGAGGUAUAUUUGCCUCUGCUGUGCUGUUGAGCAUUUUCCUGUGUCCACAUCUUGCUAUUGUUCCUGCAGGAAAGUUUUUCUACAAGAAGUGCUUGAUAAAAAUGAAAUUGUUAGCAGCAUCACUAUGAAUAAUCGGCAGUGAUAUAUAAUUGGUUCUCUGCAGUCAAUCUUAUUGGACCUCCUAUCAGACAUUUUUGUCGUUUGAAAAGAGGGUAGUUAGUGCAGAGUGUAUUUAGUUUUGAUGUUGAGUGUCGACCUGCUCUAUGCAUGUAAUUUUAUCCUUCUGAUGGCCAUUGAAGCAUGAACCGGAAUUGGAUUUGCUCACUGUAUGCUUUUACUUCUCUUGGGUACCUUAAAGAACCCAUUAUGUUACGGGAAAA